CAUGAUUGGCUGUUUGCUACUAAUGUCCUGCCUGCAUGUGCAUGCACAUAAACUCAGGAUCAAAACCUGAAUUUACAGAGAAAGACGAUGACCGCCGUCAUGGUACCAGCAAAGCCUGAUUGCUCUGGUUUGAGUUUGUCAACAUGAAGCUAAUCCUCUAAUCCUGAGUUUGUUCAGCCACCAUAUGCACCUACACUCUGAGGAAAAAACAUGUUGAUCUAGAUGUUUAUUGUCGGGAAGAUAGAAGGAUCUGUCACACUAAAGCCUGAUACUGAAAUACAAAGAAAUAAUGAAAUACAGUGGAUGAUUGGAGAUCAAGACCGUCUGAUUGCUAAAAUGACCAGAGGAGCUAGAAAGAUAACAUACCACGAGGAGAGGAUCAGAAACAGACUAGUGCUGGACGAGAGGACUGGAUCUCUGACCAUCAACAACAUCACUAUUGAAGACAUAAAAAGAUAUAAGCUGAAGAUCAUCAGCAGCAGUGGAACCACUGUAAAGAAAUUCAGUGUUCUUAUUAAAGGGGAGGUACAAACAUACAUGGAGGGAGAUAGAGCUGUUCUACAGUGUGCUGCAGAGAUACAGACUGAUGAGAUCGAAUGGAAGUUUGAAAGUGAGGAGUCUCCCAUAGCUGAAGUGAAAGGUGGACAGAUCUUUCCAUAUAAUGGUCCUAAUAGGAGAUUCAGAGACGGACUGGAGGUUGAUGAAAGAACUGGAUCACUGAUCAUCAAGAACAUCAGACAUGAGCAUGAGGGCCUUUAUCAACUAAUGAAAAAGAGUUUUAGCACAGGAGACAGUGUCAAAGCAUUCAAUGUUAUGGUCAGAGGUUGUUAUGGAAAUCGAUUGAAGGAUCCAGUGACACGACAUGAAGUUGUAUGAGAGAGAAUGGGAAGGAGAAAGAGAGGAUGAGUUCACUUUAAUGAGAGAAGACAUGCCCACCCACUAGUGUCAAUCACUGUAUCAUCAAUAUUUAAAGGUGACAUAUAGUGAAUUGAUUCAAUAAGUUAAAUUAUUCUCUGAUAUCUACAUAGUAGUUUUGUGGCUUUGGUGAGUUCAAAAGUGGAAAAAAUGUUUUAUAUACACAUUUAUUGACUCAAAACAUAUUCCUCCAAUCAGAAGCUCCAUAUUUAAUCGUUGUGAUUAUUAACGAGCUCUGCUCUGAUGUUCUGCAGCUUAGAACCUGGACCGUUUUCAAAAUAAAAGUUCCACACACAUUAUAAGCUUAAUAUAAGCUUACAUAAACUUUAAAAUUACGAUAAAAGUCUGUGUUUUGGCUGCCAAAGUUCUUAUGACUUGGCUGCUCAAGCAGGUCCAGCUAAAGAAGAACGUGACCUAAAUUACAUGCAAAUGUUGCGGGUGUGCUAGCUAACUAAUGGUCCCAUGUGCAGCAUAACAGUCUGUGUUUUGUUCUGAUACAGGGUGUCCGUGGGGUCUUAAAAAGUAUAAAAAGUUGAUAAAUCAAUUAUGAGAAAAUAAGGCCCUUAAAAGGUAUUAAAAAGACUUAAUCAGGUUUUUACGAGGUCUUAAAUUUUGUUCAAGCAUUGUUCAAAGUGUUUGACCCCAAAAAAGCAUAAAUAUAUUUAUUUUUCUCCUAAUAUUAACAAUGGUGUGCUCGAUCCACACAAUUGGUCUAGCCAUACGCAUCUAUCAGGAUGAUGUCACGUAAUUCGCGAUAAACGUGGGAAGGUGAUGUGACGCUCUCCACAUGUAGCGAUUUCUUCCAAGCUUAUCUGAGUUCUUUUGCAUGGUUGUGGUACAUUGAUUUUACUAGUGUUUAUUAACAGCUGUUUAUUAGCAACUGUUUAUUAAGGUAAAGGUUUGAUACUGAUUAGAACUUGUGGCGAUGAGGUCUUAAAAUAUUCUGAAUAAGUCUUUAAAAAGGCUUAAAAAGGUAUUGAAAUUACCUUUUCCUGCAUAUAUCCUGUAAUAGACCCGUUUUCACUGGGUUUUACACUCAGGAGAUUUUCAUGAAAACAAGGAAACUAUUAUGUUUGACGUUGUGGCAGUUUCCAUGUACGAGCAAUUAUUAUGUACGAGCAAUUAUAGCUAUGGCUUAGGUGUAUUCAGAUUUUCUUUAUAUGGCACUUUUAAAGCUCCAGGUAUGAACAGAUAAUAAUUUUUCUGAAUCUAGAAUCCGUCCAGUGAAGUAAAAAAUUUAUCAGCCCUUAAACUCAUGUGUAAUAAGAUUUUAGAUGAAGAUGGAAACGUGUUAAUUAAAACACUUUCUGAAUGUUACACAUCAUUCUGUAUCUGUUACUCUGUUUUAGUUUGGUUCUCAUAGCUUUGAUUUUGUGUGAAAGUUAAUCAGCUCACUUUUGUUUACGGUAUUCUACUUUUCAUUUGAGCUUCAAACGUGUUGCU